AUGCCAUCUACUCGCUCCUCCGUCGAAUCAGAGUAUCGUGUAUCUGAUGAAGGGAGCCCUCAGAGUGGCUAUGAGAGGGUCUCUACAAGCGAUAGCGUGCUCGUCGAAGUCGAUGACGCUGGCAAACAAAUGGACAUGUUGGGUUCAAGCUCUACGGUCACGAUGGCGCAGCAUGUACUCAGCGUGGGUUCCCGCACUGUGCUCGUCUUGAUGCUCGGAGCGUAUGUGAUUGCUACCUCAUUUAUCGUCGCGCAUCACAUCUUUCUUGUCGCUCUCAAUGGCGAGGACGUGGGGGAGUAUAUCAUACCCCAGACGUGGGUUCGCGACAUCGGGAACGCACUGGCACGUGUAGUCCAGAUAUUGCUCGAGACAUCGGUCGGAGUCGCUUUGACACAGAGCAUCUGGUUCUACGCUCGGAGGUCCGCCGUGACUGUACCCGAACUCGACGAUCUGUUCUCUCUCCCAUCCGCCGCCAGUAUUCCCUUCGUGAUCCUGAGAUCGAGCGCUCUAUAUGUGCUGCCGAUUGCUGCCAAUAUCCAAGCCUUCUCCCUCAUUGGCAUUUUCGCGCCUAAUGCCUUGUCCAUCGUGCCUGCCGGGAUCACUUCGUCGGUCUUGAGCGUUCCCUUUGUCGCUCUCGACCAGAUUGCCCCUACCGAUAGCAUCAUAUCGCUCAGUGCCAAUGAGUCCUACGGAGAGGUUGGAUGGUACCUGUCUCCGUCUACGGGGUUUAAAACACUUGUUCAGACUGUACUGAGCAAAGGUGACAUACUCCCUUGGAAUGCACCUUCAGGAUGCGGCUUGGCAUGCAACUACAGUAUUUCGUACAACGGCCCGUCUUUGCGUUGUCGGGAUAUAGACCCCUCGUCCAUUGCGGUGUACCAAGACGACACUCUCAAAGGGGACGCCACUCUUCCUUGGCCCUAUCACAUGCCGAGCGAUCCUGCAGACUGGAGGCCGGAGGCCACAAUCGACGCACUGAUCAGCUACAAUGGGACUGGCACUCUGGGUUCCGCCAAUCGCGCCGCGGGCUUAUCCCUUGGCGCAGACACGUACACGUUGUCUCAAGAAGACGCUCCGUACAGCCUGUCGCUGGUCUACACGUUAACUCCUGGGCCAUACGAUCAUGCCGCAUACUAUCCAACGCAGAUGUACGGAGGAACGUAUUGCGAGUUCGUCAAUGCGACGUAUGACGCCUCUGUUCAGUUCGUGAACGGCUCAGGGGCCAUCGACGUGCACGUGUCGGAGUACCUGGGGCCAUAUCAGUCUUUCGUGGGCCUCAAUACGACGACGCAACCUUCGCAAACCGCUGCACUGGGCUUGCUCGAUGCGAUGACGCGAUAUCUAGUUGGAACUGCGACAGUGACCGUUGUAAUGGCGAGUUACAACACCCAGAUUCUCGAGGGCGCUGCCCUUUUCACGAUCCAUGUGAACAGCACCACGAUUGGACUUUUGCCUACAGGCGGACAAAACAUCAGCCAAGCUUUGGAGAGCCUUUGCACGAAGUUGACAGCCUCCCUGAUGUCGGACACCGCGAAUCUUGGGGUACGAACGCAGGUGCCGGCCACAGUCUUGGCAGACAAGACCAUCUACGCAUACCAGCCCACCCGUCUCUGGCUCGUGUAUGGAAUCGCGCUUGGCGUAGCGCUUAUUGCCGACCUCUUCGGCCUCGCAUGUAUGCGCUCGAACGGUGUCGCGAUGCAGCGCAACUUUUCAUCCAUCGCCGCGUCCAUGCGCGCGCCCGAGCUCAACGAGCUUCUCAGCGGACCAGAGGAAGCGCCGCGAGCCGCCGCGAAGGUGGCCAAGUUGCGGUAUAGCGUCGGCGGAGGCAACUUGGGGGAGAGGUCUGGGUUUAGGGUUGUUGAGAGGGCGGAAGAUGAAGUGCGCAUUGGGGAGACGACGGCGUUGAACGCCGAGUCUGGAGAGAAGAGGGCGUGA